GUGAAGUGGUGCCCAGCGGACUGGGAGCAGACUGCUGCGCUGGGAGACCUGAAACGUGACGCCCUCCCUGAGCGAUGCCUGCAGUAUGUCACGCUGCGCCCAAACUCUUUGCUCCUGAAGGUCCCUGUGCAGAUAUUGGGUUUCAGGCCUGGGCUUGACCACUGAAGGACCAUCAUCCCCCUGAAACGGGCCUCCCUGACGGGUCAUCGCUGCAGGACAAGCAACAGAGGCGGAUAGAAUUAAUGCAUCCGGGUCAAGAUGAGGCACCACAAGGCCUUACAGAUAAUGACAACCAUGAGGCGGACCGUGUUGCAUGUAAACCCUUUGAAUGUUAAAACAAAAGAAUGAGCGCCCUCUGCUGGGGGGGUUUAGAACACGCGUCAAGUGCACAGCGCCGAUAUCUGCGCGCAAUUAAAUCACAAACGAGAUCAAACUGCACAAAAAACACCACGGGACGGCAAAGAUGUCUUUACGGAUGACGUCAAACUGAAGUCACGCACGUGCUUUUAGGUCGCGUGAACAGCAGGAGGAAAACGGAGGCAGGAAGCUGAAGUUCUCUCCUCUGAGGAACAUCUCAUCACAUGUCGCAGGAGAAGCAGCGCCAGCUGCGCAGAGCGGGACCGACUUUCAGCGCACGCGUUUCCCUCCUGCGCGCGCGUAACGGAACUUCGCCCAAACUUCUUGUGCGCCAAACUUCUGUCACCUUUCGAGCCCCGGGCGCGAUGGAGUCACAGAGCGGGCCCGGUUCGCGUCCCCGCGGUGGCGGGGUCCGUCCGGCAGCACGCGGGCUGCCGCGGUCCAGCGAGGACAGCGACACAGAGGGACACUGUCGCGUGGACGCGCUGGUGGAGAGGACCCCCGCUCUGGAGCACGAGAGCCGGAUGGCGAGGCUCAGGUGGAACAGGCGGGAGCAGUCCCUGCUGGCCCGGGUGUCCACCCUGCAGAACGAGGCCCAGCUGUCGGCUCUCCGGUACCAACGGAGGCUGCGCCAACACAUGCUGCACAUCCAGGGCAUCGCGCAGCAGGUCACCGGCUACUGCGAGAGAGACGCCCCGCGGAGCCAGAUGUUGGACACAGCAGCCUGUGCAGAGGGAGAGCCACGGGCAGCUGCCGAGGUGAAUGGGAAGGAGUUGUCCAAGUCCAGCCAUGAGGAGACUGUGGAGACAUUUCACGCUGCCAAGGACCCCGUCGUGGUGCAGGUCAUCAGGCGGACCCCCAGCGGCCGCCCUCAGGAAAUCCACGUGGUGGACGUGUGCACUCAGACCGACAUCACCUUCGAACACAUCAUGGCGCUGGCAAAGCUCCGGCCGUCCACCCCUCCUGUGCCUGACGUCUGUCCCUUCCUGCUCUCUGACAGCUGUCAUUCCGAUCAUACAAUGGAGCAGGACUACUAUGAAGGGACGGGCUACCUGUCCCCCGCUGCAGCCGACGGAGAGAGAACAGAGGAGUUUGAGUACGAGGAAGUGGAGUUGUGUCGACUCAACAGCCAGGAGAAGUUGGGUCUGACUCUGUGCUACAGAACAGAUGAAGAGGAUGAUGUAGCCAUAUACGUCAGUGAGAUCAGUCCAAACAGCAUCGCAGCGAGAGAUGGACGCAUCCGAGAGGGGGAUCGCAUUUUGCAGAUCAAUGGCCAAGAUGUACAACACAGAGAAGAAGCAAUGGCCGUCCUCUCCAAUAACGAGAGCAGGAACAUCGUCCUGCUGGUGGCCCGACCUGAGAUGCAGCUGGAGGAGGCCUGGCUGGAUGAUGAGCACAGCGAGUUCCUGGAGCAGCUGAAGAUGGAAAUGUUAGAGGAACAACAGAGAGAGGAGAUGGAACUGGCCGCCCUACAGGAGGAGCAGGAGAAUGAGCAGACAGCAGACGAUGACAAGCCCACCUGCUCCACACUUCACCAUAAUCGUAUAAAAGACAGAAUGGAGAGCUCAGAGGAAAAUGUCCUGGCACACAUUCAGAAACGUUUGUCGCAGUGCCUGAGAGACAACCGGGACACCGGCUCCACGCGGCCGGAGGACCGAGAGGAUGAGGACGACGAUGAGACAGGCGGGGACCGAUUCCAGCAGCUCUUGGAGCUCAAGUGUCAGAUACGCAACAGCGGUGAGUACGACGUGUUCUACAGCCGCCGCAGCACCAUCGAGUGCAGCAUCGGGGAGCCGGCCGGCGUCCAGCGCGAGCUACGCAUGCUCAACGAGGAGCUGCGCAGCAUCGAACUCGAAUGCCAGAACAUCCUGAAGGCCCACAACCUUCGUAAAGGCCAGCAGUCUCCCUCCGCGGGCCACGCGGCGACCAAAAACCAAGGUGACCCGGCGAGGGGCAAGCUGGCUGAGAUGAACGAGAGGCUGGAGAAAUCGGACAAGGACAGCUCCAGCGCCUACAACACGGCCGAGAGUUCACGCAGCACUCCUCUGGCGAUGGACCGCUCCCCGGAGCACUCGCUCCAGAGACUGGUCAGCCUUACCAACCAGAGGAACCUGUGCAGCGGCCUCGCCACCGGCCCGCCCCUCAGCCCGAGCCCCGUCCUCGUCCCCGUCCCAGAGAAUAGAAGCAGCCCUGACCACAGCGAUGCCCCCGAGUCGAACCAGACUGCCGAGGAGGAGGGCAGGCCGCUGGCCUCCCAUAUUCCCUACUUCUCUCCAUCCCACAGCUCCCAGCAGAGGCAGGUCAACAUCCCGGCACAUGCCAGCCACUACCAGAGCUACAUGCAGCUGAUCCAGCAGCGCUCAGCCGUGGAGUACGCCCAGAGCCAGCUCAGCCUGCUCAGUGUCUGCAAGGAGCCUCAAAGGCCCGUUAACGAGCCCAAGAUGGAGUGGAAGGUCAAGAUCCGCAGCGACGGCACGCGCUACAUCACCAAGAGGCCCGUGAGAGACAAGAUCCUGAGGGAGCGAGCCCUGAAGAUCAAAGAGGAGCGUAGCGGGGGGAUGACCACGGAUGAUGAUGCAAUGAGUGAGAUGAAGAUGGGGCGCUACUGGAGUAAAGAGGAGAGGAAGCAGCACCUGGUCAGGGCAAAAGAACAGAGGAAAAGACGAGAGUUCAUGCAGCGCAGUCGGCUGGAGAGCUUGAAGGAGAACCCUCAGAGCAGCAGUGAGGGACGCAAGGAGGUCAGCAUCAUAGAGCUGAGUCAGAAGAAGAUGAUGAAGAAACGCAACAAGAAGAUCCUGGACAACUGGAUGACCAUCCAGGAGCUGAUGACUCAUGGCACCAAGGCCCCCGAGGGAGCCAAGGUGCACAACGCCUUCCUGUCCGUCACUACUGUAUAAAAGAAACACACGUUCUACCCCAUGCGGUAUAAUAUACUUGCCUCGUUCAAUGUGGCGUUUUUAUGAGGACGACCGGAAUAUUUUUCACACUUUGUAACCCAAAAGGCAUUUUGUAAAGAAUUUAUCAGUGGGGUCAUGGCAUUUUCUUCAUGUUUUUCAGUAUGGUUUUUCACAUGAAAAAAAAAAAAUCACAUUUUUCUAUGAAACGAUGACUAUAUCAUUAUUUUAUUACUUCGCUCUAAACAUUUUUAUCUUUUCAAUUCUAUUUUCAUAUUUAUGUUUUAACUAUAUCCUCAAAUGGUUGUAUGAGCGUACGAAGAAAAGGAGUUUCUGUACACUUGUCAAUUCCAACACAGAAAGAAUCUCCUGCCUUUCACUUACGUUUGUAGAUCUACUUAAUCGUUAAAGCAGAAACCAGUAACUCCAUCAAUGUUGUCAAGAGGCAGUUGAUAAUAUUUCAGACUGUCAGUGCUUUAAUGUGGACUAAAAGUUUGAUAUUCACAAAGAAUAACCGUUGAUUAUACCGAUAACGUGAAAUCUUAAUAGAUUAAGUGCAUUUUGCUUAAAACCAGUUAAAAUAAGGGACAGAUUUCGACAUUAAAAAGGGAAAACAUCUUACAUUCCAAAUCAUUAGACCGUAUAACUUGUAUUUGGUAAAGGAUUGACCAUAACUACAUCAAGAUUGUGUUGAAUUUGGGAAAUCUGAAUGAAUUUACCAUUCAUCCAAUCAUCUGAGCCAGUGUUUCACCGUACUGCCAUUUCUCUUUUGGGGGAAAGAAAUCCUUGGAUUUUUACAUUAUUGAACAUUUUAGAUGUUAUAAGUUCUGGUUUCUGUUAAGUCAAAUAUAUUUUGCUCAUUUUUAAAAACAUGUUAAAUUCAACACCUCCCAUUACAAUUAAACUCCACAUCUCUUACAAAGAUACAAGAAACAAUAGGAGGUAACACACCGUGUGGCCACAGGGUUUAUGUAUAUUGUACCUACAGGAUUCGGUGGUGUAAAUGAACACAAACGUCCCGAAACACUCGGCCUCAUUGAAAGAGUUCUGUGUAGCAUUUGCAGCUUUGGGUAACUUUCAUUUUGUAUUCAAUUUUUAUUUCUGACUUAAUAUUUGGAGUGUCUACAUAUUCAACAUCAUAUGGACCCGCUCAUAGCUCUUACAGUAUUUAACAUUAUCAGCAUACACCUUUACUCAGCCAGCCUUAAGAGCAAAAACUGAAUCGAUGAUACGUUUGUGUAGCAAACUGAGUUCAUACACAACUAAACUGUCUCUCAAUAUGUGUAUUAUUCAGCCUUAUUCAUACAUUGUGUAAUUUGAGCUUUUGAGCAACUGGGAAGCAUCAUAAAGAUAUAAUGGUUACUGAUUUAUGUUUGCAGUCACAUUGAACACGUGUUAGGGUGAUUGCCACUGAGCAGGACUCAGAAACACAGCAUAUAAGGUCAUUGACAAACUAAACUGGUGAAAAGAAUGGGUUUCAUUUAACAACAGACUUUAUAAUCCCGUUACAUGUACAGUAUACUCAUUCUAAAUUCCCCAUUUUUAAGUGAAAUAUUGUAAAUUCAAAAUUUCCAACCAAUCUCUGUAUUUGUUUAGGGUCAAUGUCAAUGGUCUAAUUUUAAAGUAAUGCGUAGUUGGCACAUUUGUAGCCGGUAAAAUGUGUGAUAAUGGUGAUCUUUGCAAAAGGAAUGAUAAUAAAUUGUUUUUAUUGGUAAAACUUA